AAUGUACCCCCUACUGUAAAUGAUAAGGAUAUUUGAGUAUCUGAGUAUCACUUGUAUUAUACAAGCCUUACAUAGCAGAAAGAAAUGUUGAAUUAAGCAGAUUAUUCAGCAAUAUUAAAUAUUAUAUACUCUACACACCAAGAACUCACUCGAGACAACCCUGAGCCCUCCUGCUUCUCGUUCUGCCUGGGGGUCCCCCGUUUGAUCACCUCCAUCACUUCACAUUUCAGUUUCAGGGGGUGGCAGAGAUCCUUUAUUUUAUGUGACAGUUUAUUGUGAGGGAGAGAACGUGAGAUCCAGGAGUAGAAAGAACCAAAACCCAUGAAAGGAAUGUUCUACCAGAAAAUAAAUGUCCGACCUCUCCUCAUUCAGGUGUGGCAGGUGAGGUUCCCCAGGGACGUUCUCAUUGGCAGAGUCUCAGCCCCCUGUCCAACCAGAAUCAUGUGCUGAGACUACAGAGCAAGGAUCUAUCCUCACAGAGGCCCCCCACAUGUGCAGACUUGUUUCUGACUAACCCCAAGCUUCUCCUUCUCUGUCCCAUUGGGUCACCCCUCUCCCCUUCUCUCCAUCUCUUCAAACCCUACUGUCUCUUUCCCUCCUAUUGAUUCCUCUGAAUCUCUGCAAGUCUAUUGUUACCUCCCCUGCACUCGCUCUGUGUUUCAGUCUCCCCCUCUUUCCUGUCCUACCAACUUCUCACACACCACUUCCUCCCCCGUUCACUCUGCUUGUGAGCUGCUCCGAUACAGGAUGGGAAGACUUUGGGUCAUCAUAAUCCUCCUGCUGGGGGGAGCCUCUCCAGGAGAACCACCCUCAUCACCUGUUCUUAACUCCAGUUUCACCCACCCAGACAUCUACAUCUUCUCCUGUGCCCUCUUUCCACCAAGAGAAGCAGUGAUCCAGUUGCACUGGAAGGAGAAGCACGCCAACGGAACCUAUAGUCAUAUUGGGGUGCAGAACACCAUGUUUGGGGAUUACAUAAAUCCUGCCUACAAGGACUUAGAUGUGGUACUUAGACUCCAGAACGGGAACACAACUUUUAUCUUGGAGAUCCAGACAGAGGGGAAGGUGAUUUGCUGCGACAUUGUCACUUAUCCUUUUGGUCAGACCCCAGAGACCUGUGUAGCCAUGGAACCGCGAAUGGAGAAGGAAGAAGAAACCUUUCGCUUCCGCCCAGACCUUCUGGGGACUCUUCUUGUUGCAGCCACCUUCACAAUGGGGUCCAUUGUCAUUCUCUGUCUGAUUUGCAGGACAAGGAACAGAAAAAGUUGCAGCUUGAGAGAGGGCAAUCGCCAGGAAAGGCCUCAGCAGAGACACAGGCCAUGUGGUGCAGCUCAGAGAAAUCUAGCUCAUGAGUGUACAAUUACAAGCAACCUAAGUGCUAGGCCUGCACGAAAUCCGGCACCUCCACCAAUUCCACCACCGAGAACCCAUUUUGUUCAUGAGCAGCAGAGCUCAACGAUGCAAAGACCUUCUGAAAAUUGUGCCCUUCUUCCUAGGAAUCAAAGGCCCCUUAACGGUGGCCCUCCAUACCCUAGGAAGCAAAAACCAAAUCGUUGUCCUCAACCCCUGAAGAACCAAAAAGCUUUUGAUGACGGCCUUCUGCUAUUCAGAAACCAAAGAACUUCCGAGGAUUUUCUUCCUCCCCCCAGGAACCAAAGACCUGGUGACUGUUUCCCACCCCUCACAAACAAAAGGUUUUCUAAGGAUUCUUCCCUGGUACCAACAACCCACAGAGUUUCUGAGGAUUAUUGCCCAACCCACAUAAAUAGAAGAUCUUCUGUGGAUUGUUCUGUUCUCCCGAAAACCCAUAAGUCAUUUGCCGAUGGCUGUAUUUGGGGUUCGGUUCCUUGCUUGGAUAGUCCUGUGACCAGCCAUUUGUCACAUGAGUCUACUCCAGAUCCAAACACCAUAUAUAGUAAUGUGAAAAGGAAGUCCCUCAAGAUGCCACUGAAAAGACAAAAUAAGACUCAGCUUCACAACAGACAAUUUCCUAUGGAGUCUUCUCCACGGAGAAGUAUGAGGCUGAUGGCCAGAGCCUCCUGGGACUUACAGAGGGCUAUAUCCCCCUAUGGAACGGCAUCUAUGACUGAUUUGUGGUCAACUAGGUCAUCAUCUUUUUCUCCUGAAGAUGUCACCCCAUUGUGGCCUCACAGAUCCAAUCCCCAGAGCUCGCCAGAUUCCCCCCAAAUCACCAUUAACCCAAUGUAUCACAGUGUGGCAACUUGGGGCCAAUCUUAGAAUGAUCCCCAGGAAUAAAUGUGAUUAUUCUGGGUGAUCUCAUGGGGACCUUGUGUAAAUUCAAUGGCAUAUUCUAGUGUGCAAAUAUAAUAAUGUAAAAUAAUGUGUUUUCCUGCGUGUAAAUAAUCUAUAGGAGACUCUUCUACUGGCUAAUGGCCAUGUAGAUAAUGGAGUCUAAACAAUUUGUAUAUUUAUUUUUACCUUGUACAUCAUUUAUCUUUUAUUAUAUGAUAAAUAAAAGAAAUAUAAAAAAUA